GGUAUGCUUUUUUAUAGCCUUUCAAAAGAUAGCAAAUGCCGAGCUGUGCGAGCAAACCGCGUGACGUGAAUGGUCCGCUUGUGAUGACCCCCCAACUCACGCGGUCAUUCAACUUGUGCCCACGUUGUCAAAUUUUCUAUCAACCGGUAGGCUUGACUCCCCCAAAUGGAAUAUCCUCACUUGGGCAGUCAUUGCUCAUUCGCUAACUGUCGUGAAUUAGACUUUUUACCUCACCCCUGUCCGCUAUGCACCAACACGUAUUGUGGUCCACACCGUUUCCCUGCUACACAUGAUUGUAACAGCGCAGAGCUCAAUGAUCGUAUAAUAUUCGACUGUAGUAUCUGUUCUGGUCGGAUAUUCAAAGCACCCGGCAUAUCAAAGGAUGAUACCGUAAAUCUUGAGCGCCAUAUACAGUCCAGAUGUUGCGAUUAUUUGUAUUCCUCCCCUGCCAAAGGAUCCAGAGUUCCGUGUAGUGUGGAAGGAUGUCAUGAAGGUGAUCCCAUGAUUGGUUUAGUGCAGUGCAACGCAUGUUCCAGUUUGUUCUGUCUAAAACACCGGUAUCGGGCUGCGCAUCAAUGCUCUGCGGACGCCAAGGCUAUCAAGGAUAAAGAGGAUCGUAAGAUCACUGCUCGGAUGAAAAUUGAAGAGCAUUUAGGAAAACGUCCAUUGGAGAAAACAGCUACGCCUUCCACUAUAGUUAGACCUAAGCGGCUCAAUCCUAAGUUGGAAUUGAUGAAAUUGAAGACGAGGGCUAAAGGAGAUGACGGUGUGCCACAAGAGUCUCGCCUCUACUUCACUGUUCACUUUCCAGAAAGCAGUAAAAAGGACCCCGUUCCUCUCUUCUUUGAUAAGACUCAGUCGAUUGGCCGCAUGCUAGACCGGAUAGCACAGUUGGGCAAUAUAUCCAAUAACAAUCAUAAAUUAGACUCUGUCGAUCCAAACAGACUGCAUUUACUGACUUGGCCUGACAAGACAAACUUGGCCACGGAGAAACGAAUUGAGCAUGUGCUCAACAACGGGGUAGAUGUUAUGAUAGAAUAUGGCAACUCAAUAUAGCCUUCAACCUUUUUGUUUGUAUAUUUUUUAUAGCAUACUGUAUGGCUAAAAAAAAAAAGAGGGGAAGGGGAAUGAAUGAAUUCAAUGUAUGAAGAAAAAAAUCGAAUGAAUGG